AUGUCUCUGGAAAGCCGUGUGAAGAUACGUCGCAGCAACCGCAACCUCCUUCGCAAUCUUCAACCGAACAUUCCAAGGCAACGACGUACCGUCCUCGCAACCACCACGCUCGUUCAAAACCCCGUUCUCUGGGUAUUCGAAUACCAUAACCGGAAGGGGAAACUCGAGGGAACAUCCCAGAAGCUUGAGAAAGCUACUUUGAUUGCUUACCCGAGCUGA